CGAGGCGGCGGCUGAAGCCGAGGCAAAGGCGGAGCUGGCCGGCUCUUUCUGAGGAGGAGGAAGGCGGCAGGGAGCCCGGUGAGAGCGGGCCAACCGCUUCGGCGGGCAUUUGGCCUCAGGAGCCAGUCCAGCGACGCCGGCACCAUGGACGACGAAGGCGGCGGGAGCGUACCUGAUGACCUUUCUUCGGAGGAGAGAGAAGAGCUGUCGAAUAUUCGCCGGAGAAAAAAAGAAUUAAUUGAUGAUAUCGAGAGGUUAAAAUUUGAAAUAGCUGAAGUUAUGACGGAAAUCGAUAACUUGACGAGCGUAGAGGAGUGCAAAACUACACAGAGAAACAAGCAAGUAGCUAUGGGAAGAAAGAAGUUCAACAUGGAUCCUAAGAAGGGAAUCCAGUUCCUCAUAGAAAAUGACCUCUUGCAGAACACACCAGAAGAUAUUGCACAAUUCCUUUAUAAAGGGGAAGGACUAAAUAAAACUGUCAUUGGAGAUUAUCUCGGUGAAAGGGAUGAGUUUAAUAUUAAAGUACUUCAGGCUUUUGUUGAACUCCAUGAGUUUGCUGAUCUCAAUCUUGUACAAGCCUUAAGGCAGUUCCUGUGGAGUUUUCGGCUUCCAGGAGAGGCACAAAAGAUAGAUCGUAUGAUGGAAGCUUUUGCUUCACGUUAUUGCCUUUGUAACCCUGGAGUCUUUCAGUCAACAGAUACAUGCUAUGUGCUAUCUUUUGCAAUCAUCAUGUUAAACACUAGUCUACACAACCACAAUGUGAGAGACAAGCCAACAGUGGAGCGGUUUAUAUCUAUGAACCGUGGCAUUAAUGAGGGCGGUGACCUCCCAGAAGAAUUGCUACGGAACCUGUAUGAAAGCAUUAAAAAUGAGCCCUUUAAAAUUCCAGAGGAUGAUGGAAAUGAUUUAACCCAUACAUUUUUUAACCCAGACCGAGAAGGUUGGCUUCUGAAGCUAGGGGGAAGAGUAAAAACAUGGAAAAGGAGAUGGUUUAUACUGACAGAUAACUGCCUGUAUUAUUUUGAAUACACAACAGACAAAGAACCCAGAGGAAUUAUCCCUUUGGAAAACCUCAGCAUAAGAGAAGUUGAGGAUCCAAGAAAACCAAACUGUUUUGAGCUCUACAACCCCAGCCACAAGGGCCAAGUCAUUAAGGCCUGCAAAACAGAGGCAGACGGCAGGGUGGUCGAAGGCAACCAUGUGGUUUACAGGAUCUCUGCUCCCGCCCCUGAAGAAAAAGAAGAGUGGAUCAAGUCCAUCAAAGCAAGCAUCAGCAGGGAUCCGUUCUAUGACAUGCUGGCAACCCGGAAGAGAAGGAUUGCUAACAAAAAAUAGCACCGACUGGGGACGACACCCUGAGGACCUGCCGUUGCCAAAUUGCAAAUACGUCAACAAAAUCGAGACCUGUAUUGGAAGUGUAGUCACAGUCCUGCAGCAUCUUCCAGCCUUUCUGUAGCUGUUUGUUGUGUUCCGCAAGGUGCUGGAAGAGGCUUUUGACUUCACUCAACGUGAAAAGGAGACAAAAGAACACAACCCUGGAAGCCUUAUAUGCACUUCUGCACAUUGCAGUGUUUACUGAAUCGGGAGAUACGGGGAGACGGAUGAAAUGUAAGCAGUGCCUCUCCUGCUCCUUUGGGGCCUUUGCCCAGGAUGGGGACUCGUUGCUGAACCAAACAUUCACGGCUAGCAAAUUAUGCAGUGGGUCCUUUCCUGAAUGCAAAAUGGUUUUGUUCUGAACCCUCGCAAUGCAGAGGAGUUUGAACCUUGAUUAUUUUGUGCUCAUCCUUUACCCAGUCUUUUGCACUGCCGCUUAAACCUUACGGGAGCACAGAAGUUUGUGUCUUCAGGUCCAGCUGCCAUAUAGUUGAACUGACCUUCUUAUAAACCACUGAGAGAUGCACUGAAAAUAUGGAGCUUUCUGAAACUUAAAACAGUGAUAAGUGGGACCUUCAAUAGUAUCUAUAUAGCUUACCUUUGUUUUUACAUACCAUGGUAAAGUGCCAUUUUCUUUACAGGUUAGAGGUCCAGUGUUUCCCAAUUUGGUUCAGUCUUGUUUUUACAGAAUUAUAUCUCGCAAUCCAAUAAUGACCAUCAUUUGCUUACUAGAAUCUCCCAGGCAGACUGGUAUACAGGGCCCAAACAUUUUUCAAAACUGCUCAGCUUUAACUGUUUGUCUUAUUUAUUGCCAUGCAAAGAAAAAGUAAGCAAGA